GGUGCUAAGAUGUCAAGUCCUGACGCUUGAAGGAGCACCUGUCGUCCCAACAUCCUUUGCGUUUCCAAUAUGGAAGAACUGGUGGUGGAGGUCCGUGGCUCCAACGGGGCUUAUUACAAGGGCUUUGUCAAAGAUAUCCACGAUGACUCUCUCACUAUUGCCUUUGAGAACAAUUGGCAGCCAGAACGCCAAGUGCCCUUCAGUGAUGUCAGGAUGCCCCCACCUGCUGAUGUCAAGAAGGAGAUUGGAGAGGGUGACGAGGUGGAGAUCUUUUCUAGAGCCACUGAACUUGAGCCGUGUGGUUGGUGGUUGGCUAAAGUCCGCAUGAUGAAGGGAGAUUUCUAUGUGAUUGAGUAUGCAGCCUGUGACGCGACUUACAACGAAAUAGUGACCUUUGAACGUCUGCGUCCGGUCAACACCAACAAGGCCAUCACCAAGAACUCCUUUCACAAGUGCUUUGUCCCGGUUCCUCAGGAUCUACAAGAAGCGUGCCAGAAUGAAAAUGCUCAUAAAGACUUCAAGAAAGCCGUGGGAGCCUCUCACAUCUCAUACUGCCCUGAGACCAGCCAACUAGUGAUUGUGUCCACCAACGAGACGACAGUGAAGCGUGUGUCUUUGCUGAGUGACAUGCACCUGCGCAGCCUCAGGACCAAGCUACUUCUAAUGUCACGCAACCAGGAAGCCACAAAACACCUUGAGAACUCCAGGCACUUGGUGUCUUCCUUCCAGGAAGAGUUUACAGUGAGACUGGAUCUAAUGGGCCUGGCCAUUGGCAGCCAUGGUAGCAACAUCCAGCAAGCCCGGAAGGUUCCAGGUGUAACUGCCAUUGAGCUGGAUGAGGAGUCAGGCAAUUUCAGGAUUUAUGGGGAGACAGCAGAGGCAGUAAAGAAAGCCAGAAGCUUCUUGGAAUUUGUAGAGGAUUCGGUCCAGGUGCCAAGAAACCUUGUUGGCAAAGUGAUUGGUAAAAAUGGUAAGGUCAUCCAGGAGAUAGUGGACAAGUCCGGUGUGGUGCGUGUCAGGAUAGAAGGAGACAACGAUACCAAGCAGCCCAGACAAGAAUUGACACAGGGAAUGGUCCCAUUCACAUUUGUCGGCACUAAGGAGAGCAUUGGCAACGUUCAGGUCUUGUUGGAGUACCACAUCUCUUACCUAAAUGAGGUGGAGCAGCUUCGUCUGGAACGGAUGCAGAUUGACGAACAGUUGCGUCAGGUUACCCAGGGCCACCGACCAGUUGACAGGGACAGGGGAGAGAGGGGGGAGAGAGGAGGCGGGUAUAAUACAGAAAACAAUGCCAAUGCCUCCUCUACGUCCGUGCAUGGCAGUCGCUCUUACAACAGCCGAGGGCGUGGACGCAGGGGCCACAACUACAGCACUGGAUAUGGCAACACCUCAGAGCAGUCCAACGCCUCUGAGACAGAUUCUGAGCGCAAAGAUGAGCUGAGUGACUGGUCUCUGGCUGGAGAAGAUCAUGAAAGGGAGCGGGAGAGAGGCCCACGCCCACAGAGAGAUGGCCGCAGAAGGCCAGGACCCGGCCGAGGAAGGGGAAGGGGACGUGGAGGAAGAGGAAGUUACAGCAACAGCUCUGCAGGGCCUCGAGACCAUGAGGAUAACCAUCACUAUGGAGCCUUGGAGGUAAACACAGAGACCGAUCAGACAGCUGAUACAGAUGCUAGCGACUCCAACUUGCCUGCUAACCGCCGCAGAAGAUCUCGGCGACGCAGAACAGACGAGGAUACCACUCUGAUUGAUGGCAUGAGCGAGUCAGACAACGCCUCUAUGAGUGAAAAUGGAACAGAUGACCAGGAAGCUAAACCUCAACGUCGUAAUCGUAGCCGACGUCGCAGAAACCGUCUGCCUGAAGAGAGGCAGCCAGGUAACCAGGCAACUGGAUCACCUAGUGUGCCCUCCUCCAUUACUGUGGCUGACUACAUAUCCAGGGCUGAGUCUCAGAGCAGACAGAUGAUCGAGAAGGACUCCCAGAAAAACAAGGAUGUGGGUCAGGUGGAUGUCAUCGCCGAACACAGCCCAAACUCUGCCGUGGCAACCACUAAUGGUUCUAACGGUGCAGCCGAUGGCGACGGCAACAAUGGCACAAGAGCUCCCAGGUCUUCCACUGAGAAGUCCACUAAAGUCUCCUACAAGGAGGAAUCUAACCCACAAGCUGUUGUUAAUGGACUCUCCUAGUCAGGGCAAGGAAAAUGGUUUCAAAUAUUUGAACUUCUAGAGCUGCACUUGAUUGAAUCUCCAUGACUGGAGCAGCUUCAGAAGUGAACCAUAACAUUUAAAGCACUGUUUUCUCUCUCUCUUUUUUAUUUUAGAUUUUCCAAAUAUUUGUGACCUGUUCCGCUGUGCAAGUUUCAGAGGUCAGAACCUGAACCUCCCUUUUUACACCUGUUUUAUCCAACUAUUCAUUUUCCUUUUUUUUCUUUUUUUUUUUUACAAUAGUUCUUCCUGUAUGAGCUUGCCAAAGAUAGUCAAACACACAUAAACUUACAGAUGUGUACAUGAACUGCUUUUCAGUCCUGUCUUCACUGAGAGCUCUGGGAGAGGCUGCACUGAGUACAGCGUUUAUUAAAUCAGACAGGGAUUCCAGUCAAACCCAUACUGUGGUAUGAAUGCAGCAGUCCUUUUUCUAUUCGUAGAAACAUCACAGCAGGGUUUUAAAAAGCCUUUUCCUAGUUGGAUCCAGAAAAAUGCUUCCAUAAACUUAUUUCAGGAUGUAAAUUAACUGAUCUGCAUGGGCAGUAGCACAGUGCAGAUUGGCUUGUUGGAAACCCCAAGUAUGUUUGACAUAAACGUGAUUAGCUGUCGUGCCUUGAGAGUAGAUUCAACAUGUCGUUGCCUGGCUCUGCAUGCCAUCUGAAAUCCUUUCACCUGUUUCUGUGUUAGCCUUCAUCUGCCACAGCGGAACCAGACACGGCGUCUCCAUGUGCUAAAUGUUCUCUUAUGGUACUGCGGGAGGUGAAGGCAACCACUGAAACACCCCAAAAAGAUUUUAGGGGCAUCUUUUUAAAGUCAGGAGUGUCUGUUCUCGUUGUGGGGAGGGUGGGGAUGAAUCCAGUUAUCCUUUAUAUAUAUAUAAAUAUAUAUAUAUAAAUAAAUAUAUCUGUUGAAGAAUUUCACAUUAGCUGCUUCCUGUUUUUCCAAUAUGCAACCACUUGGGUCACAGAAGAAAUGCUUUUACAUCGUGUCUGGAAAAGAAACUGUAGAAGAGUUGUUUUCUUUGCACUGAAACAUAACCUUUCUUCUGUUUAAAACGUGAUUGUAGUUGAGUCUGAAAACUGGCUUGUUACCGUUUAGUGCUGGACAGAUAUGUACCAUCAGUGCUCGGCCACCUGGAAACAUCUCAUUCCUAAACAUUGUUUCAUUACGUACAUCCCGAGUAAUGCUUGAUGCUGAUUAAUUUUUUUCCCUCACUAGGAAUUCAAUAAAGUCACUUGAGUUUUGUUUAGGGUAUUGUCCACUUUUAUCUGCCCACUGUUGGGGAAAACAGAGCCCUGUAAAAACCGACCACUGCGGUGUUGAGAUGUUUCCAGAAAACCUUGCCCAGGUGACGAUGUCAUUUUCAUGGUUCUUCCACACUGGCUGGCUGGAAACUGGUCAUGACUGUUCCACUAAGGAAGGAGAUAUAUUUGGUUUAUUUAUUUUUAAGAAAAUGUACAGUAUUUAAAAAAACAAACAAAAACAAUCUCUUCUGUUUUCUUGACACUAACAUGCGAUGCUUAGAGGUUUUCUUUUGGGACAAAUUUGGACUACUGAGAGUUGUGACAUCCCAAGUGUUUUUGUUGGGUCAACUACAGUAAAGUUUUUUUUGUUGUUUUUUUAAGGAUCGUCUGGUUGGUUGAUGUGCAAUAUGUUUUGUAUGCAGGUGGUUCUUAAAUAAACUUGAUCUUUCGUGUAGAUCUAAAACCCAU